CGCGGGCCCCCGGCGCAGCGCCGCCCGGCUCCCGGCCCUGCCGGCCUCGUCCCUCGGCGCCGCGGCCAUGGCGGCCAGCGCGAAGCGAAAGCAGGAGGAGAAGCACCUGAAGAUGCUGCGGGACAUGACGGGCCUCCCGCACAACCGAAAGUGCUUCGACUGCGACCAGCGCGGCCCCACCUACGUGAACAUGACGGUUGGCUCCUUCGUCUGUACCUCCUGCUCCGGCAGCCUGCGAGGGUUAAAUCCACCGCACAGGGUGAAAUCUAUCUCCAUGACAACAUUCACACAACAGGAAAUUGAAUUCCUGCAAAAACAUGGAAAUGAGGUCUGUAAACAGAUUUGGCUAGGAUUAUUUGAUGAUAGAUCUUCAGCAAUUCCAGACUUCAGGGAUCCACAAAAAGUGAAAGAGUUUCUACAAGAAAAAUAUGAAAAGAAAAGAUGGUAUGUCCCACCAGAACAAGCCAAAGUGGUGGCAUCAGUUCAUGCAUCUAUUUCAGGGUCCUCUGCCAGCAGCACAAGCAGCACACCUGAGGUCAAACCACUGAAAUCCCUUUUAGGAGAUUCUGCACCAGCACUUCACUUAAAUAAGGGCACACCUAGUCAGUCCCCCGUUGUAGGCCGCUCUCAAGGGCAGCAACAGGAGAAGAAGCAGUUUGACCUUUUGACUGAUCUUGGCUCAGACAUCUUUGCUGCUCCACCUCCUCAGUCAACAGCUACAGCCAAUUUUGCUAACUUUGCACAUUUCAACAGUCAUGCAGCUCAGAAUUCUGCAAAUGCAGAUUUUGCAAACUUUGAUGCAUUUGGACAGUCUAGUGGUUCGAGUAAUUUUGGAGGUUUCCCCACAGCAAGUCACACUCCUUUUCAACCCCAAACUACAGCAUUUAGAAUGCUUUCAUCUAGCUGCAGUUUUGGUGAAUUUACUUCAGCUUUUCCUCUCCAGGCUACCCACAGUGGAAGUGCUGGAUCAGUAAAUGCUAAUUUUGCUCAUUUUGAUAACUUCCCCAAAUCCUCCAGUGCUGAUUUUGGAACCUUCAAUACUUCCCAGAGUCAUCAAACAGCAUCAGCUGUUAGUAAAGUUUCAACAAACAAAGGUGGUUUACAGACAGCAGACAAAUAUGCAGCACUUGCUAAUUUAGACAAUAUCUUCAGUGCUGGGCAAGGUGGUGAUCAGGGGAGUGGCUUUGGGACCACAGGUAAAGCUCCUGUUGGUUCUAUGGUUUCAAUUCCCAGUCAGUCAAGUGCGUCUUCAGACAAGUAUGCAGCCCUGGCAGAACUAGACAGCGUUUUCAGUUCUGCAGCCACCUCCAGUAAUGUAUAUACUCCCACGAGUAAUGCUAGCAGCAAUGUUUUUGGAACAGUGCCAGUGGGUGCUUCUGCACAGACACAGCCUGCUUCUUCAAGUGUGCCUGCUCCAUUUGGAGCUACGCCUUCCACAAAUCCAUUUGUUGCUGCCGCUGGUCCUUCUGUGGCAUCUUCUACAAAUCCAUUUCAGACCAAUGCCAGAGGAGCAACAGGCCUUUCUGGAGCAAUGCAUUCUCAAGUGUUUCCUCACGCUCAUUUUGCGGCAACCUUUGGCACUGCGUCCAUGAGCAUGCCUGCAGGGUUCGGCACUCCUGCUCCCUAUAGUCUUCCCACCAGCUUUAGUGGCAGCUUCCAGCAGCCUGCCUUUCCAGCCCAAGCAGCUUUCCCUCAACAGACAGCUUUUUCUCAACAGCCCAAUGGCGCGGGUUUUGCAGCAUUCGGACAAACAAAGCCAGUGGUAACCCCUUUUGGUCAAGUUGCAGCUGCUGGAGUAUCUAGUAAUCCUUUUAUGACUGGUGCACCGACAGGACAAUUUCCGACAGGAAGCUCAUCAACCAAUCCUUUCUUAUAGCCUUAUAUAGACACUUUACUGGAACGGAACUUUUUUUUGGUCACAUUACAUCUCUCCGCCUCUUGCACUGUUGUCUUGUUUCACUGAUCUUAGCUUUAAACACAAGAGAAGUCUUUAAAAAGCCUGCAUUGUGUAUUAAACACCAGGUAAUAUGUGCAAAACAGAGGGCUCCAGUAACUUUUAACCUGUGAAUUGGCAGAAAGAGGUAGCGGUAUCAUGUAUAUUAAAAAUUGGCUAAUAUUAAGUUAUUGCAGAUACCACAUUCAUUAUGCUGCAGUACUGUACAUAUUUUUCUUAGAAAUUAGCUUUUUGUGCAUAUCAGUAUUUGUAACGUUAACACAUUGUUAUGUGAGAAAUGUUACUGGGAAAAUAAAUCAGCCACUUUUAAGGUGCUGUCAUAUAUCUUGGAAUGAAUGACCUAAAUUUAACCAUUGCUACUGGAAGGUUACAAAGUCAGAAUUGGAAGGUUUUAUUCAUUCUUGAAUUUUUCCUUUCUAAAGAGCUCUUCUAUUUAUACAUGCCUAAAUUCUUUAAAAAUGUAGAGGGAUACCUGUCUGCAUAAUAAAGCUGAUCAUGUUUUGCCACAGUUUGCAGGUGAAAAAAAUAAAUAUUAGAAAAUAUGCUAUUGUUUUUGUGUUCUUGCUGCAAUGCCUUUACCAAAGUGGCCUUAAAUAUGAGUAGUGAAUUGAGAACAUCUUGAAUUCUUAAAGACUUGUAGUGACUAACUUUUUAUAAAAAGGCCAUGUAGAAUAUUUAUUAAAACUAUAACUGCUGUAUUCAAGAAUAUGUCAGUGGUAAAGCAUUUAAAUGUAGCUUGUCAGAUUCAUCGUAAUCCUUCUAAUUUCUUUGCAACUUCCUGAUUUUGUGAAAUUUGUAUAUAUGAAGAAUGUGCAUGUAUGUGUAUUUACAAAUUUUUAAUGAAUUCUCAGACUGCAAAGGCCUAUUUUAACUAUUGAUUUUUUUUUUAAAAAAAGAUAUUGUCCUUGAAUGUAUUGGAAGCAGACAUGCAUUAACUGUGACAUGAUUGCACCUCAGUUUUUCUUUUUUUGGACAAACUGAUAUCUAUAGGACAAUUGUUUAUGUUUGUUUUGGGGGGGAUAGAAACUGGAACCCAAUGUUACCUUAAAGUUAUGGAAUACUGUUUAAAAAGGCAGUGAUGCUGAGUUUAGUUGUAUCUUUUUGUUAAUAUUUAAAUGAGCUUGUUUAAAUAUUUAUGUACAGUAAUGCCUCAUUCAUCUGUAGGUAAUCGGGCUGUCUCAUCAAAACGGAACACAACUAAGAAACUUGGAAUUGUUUUUUUUAAAAUGCCUCUGAGCAACCCACAUAAGUCAUAAAGUCUAUGUUAGAGCUCAUGCAUUUGUUUUUAUGUGAUAUUUUAAUAAUUUUGAUUAUUUUAUUUCCUAGCCUGUAGCAUAUUAGCAGUUCAGAAGUGAUGACUUGAAGGAGACUGAAAAGCUAUGAAGAGCGUAUACUGUUCAGGACCAUUUAGUGUAGGGACAGCCAACCCAACCUAGAGGACAUCACUGUUUUUCAUCAUCUUCUGAUAAUUGUUCAUUAUCAUGACUGUGUCAUCAAGGAAAAGUGAAAUUGCAUACACAAAUGUGUAAUACAUGUUUGGAAAGGUUUAUCUUAAAAAUAAUUAAAAUUUUUUUAAAAGCUUUGGUAUUAAAAGAGGUGAACAUCAGUUUCCUCUAACAUUUUAUUCAUGUUGAAUGCCUCUUGCAAUGAUGAUUACAUGAGUUGUUAAUCAUAGUGUUUUAAAAAUCUGUGCAGUGUUUGACUUGUUAAAACAUUGCUGUCCAUUGCACAUUUAGCUGAAAGUGUGGUUUAUCUGAAUAAUUUUCAUAAGCCAAGAGGCUAGGAAAUCUCUGCCCCCUUUCUGAGCAGAGUGCCUCUUCUCUUAGAAUUGAAUGAAUGCUGCACAGGUCUAGGUGUGUGUUGGUGUAGACUUGAAAUGUCUUCACAUUUUGGGGGACUCCCUCAGCUUCUUUUUCAUGGAAGGAAAACUUAAGAAAUUUCUUUAAAUUUCUAUUUUAGGUUGUAUCUGGUCCUAAUCAAUUCAUAUGUACAGAGUUAUACUAUAUAACUGUAGGCCAUUAUGCAAAUAACCUACCAGGUUUUCCAUCUAAGAAGUAAAUUAAACAAUUGUUAUUGAAAUAAUUUCAAAGACUAUUUUUUUCUGGGUAAAUCUUGAAGUUUGUAAUUAAAUGGUAACUCUUAUUGACUGACUUUAAAUGAGAGCUUAUAAAAUUGAAAUGUUUAAGAAGAGAUCCAGCCUUAAUGUGGAUUUUCUCAUGAUCUUUACUGUUUAUUGUUAAAAAAUAUUAACUUCUGUUAGAAUUUUAUUUUGUAUUUGCUUCUAGUUUUAUAUGGACCAUAGAAUUGUCUUGAGUACUAAAAAGGAGAAAAUCCUCUUCGAAGUUGACAAGGCUAGAGACCUUCAAAUUUCCUGGCUUACUGGUUGAAUCAGAUCUUCUUUCCUGUUCUAUCUUUAUUUAGGAAAGAAAUUUGUCUUUUCUUUUAGGGUGGCAUACUUUAUUGAUAUAGUUUAAAGAUAUAUUUUAUUCUUAUUUUUUGAAAUAGAGGGUAUUUUAUUCUCUAUUUUUGUGAAAAUAGAGGUUAGGUUAUCAUUCUUUCUUAAAAUAAUACCUUCUAUAAAUUUAGAAAAGCAUAUCAACACUUAAUCUGUAAGGUCCUCCUGCCCCUAGCACAUACCCUCUUUGUUACAGUUCUUGUAAAUUGGCCAAAUGGAGAGGGUAAACUGGCUGCUUGUACCAACAUUUCUGACAUUUUACACCAUAACUCUUAGAAAUUAUUGAAGUUCCCCAAAGAGAUUUUGUUUAUGUAACUUGUGUCAGCCUUUACCGUAUUAAAAAUUAAUAGAGGUAUUUUAAAAACGUAUUUACUCAUUUAAAUGUAACAAUAAUAAACUCAUUACCUGUUAACAUAAGUAACAUUUUUGAUGAAAAAUAACUGUUUUCCAAAACAAAAACUAAUGAGAGCAGGAGCAUUGUUCUAUGUUUUGCACCUUUUUAAUUGUCUGGCUUAAUAAAAGCAGUGAGAUCUCUUACUGCUUUUGCAUUCUGAUUCUUUUCAUAUCACUCUCAGCAUGUAAGCACUAGAAAACUCCACUGUGCGUUUGCGAAAUCAGAGUGAAAAAGGCAUAUAACACCUUAGUAGUAGUGUGAAAAUAGUUUGACCUUGCAUAGUCCUUCAGUAGGGGCUUGGGGACUUUGAAAGGUCCCAGACUACACACUGAGAACCACUACACUUUAAAUUUGUGUUUCUGGGUCAGUAUUUACUUGUAGGGUAAACAUACUACUCCCGGAACUUCUAAGUUUUUUGUUUGUUUGGUGGGAAAAACUGAAUUUCAGUUGAAAUUGCAAACUUUUUAACAUUGUUUAACUAUUUCAGAGUAAUAACAGUGGUGGUAUUAUAUGGUGUGGUUUUUUAAGCCCCCUCAAUUUAUCAGUUACCUGCUAAAUGCUUUUCACGUAUUGUCUCAUACAAUCCCUGAAGGGGGACCUUUGCUUUAAGGAUAAAGGAAACAGGGCAUAGAGAAGUUAAGCUAGUGACAGCUUUUGCUCUGGGGAACAAAUAAUUUAUUGUCGAAUUAAAAUACUAUCACAUUUUGUGUAAAUUCUUUUUUAAUCUUUGGAAAUUUCAAGGAAGUUACUUUCUAUAUCCUAUAUAUCUAAAAUAAUUAUUUAAUUUGAUUUCCUUUCAUAAUUUGAUGAAAUCAGUACAGCUUAUUCUAUAGGGUUUUAUUUAAACUUUAGAAGUAAAUUAAUUGGAUAAUUAGUGGAGAAUGUUUUAAAAUGAAGACACAUCUGAAGUACCAUAAUGACUCCAAUUUUGUGAAGCAUUCAUUCCACCUUUAUUGAUGUAGUUUAUUCCCUGUAUAAUUUUAUAAUUUACUUU